AUGGCCGAAGCACUCGGAGUUGCGGCCAGCGGCAUUGCUGUUGCGCAAAUUGCUGUUCAGGUUGGAGGCGCAGUAAUUAAGCUUAAACAGCUUUGGGAUGAAGUCAAGGAUGUCCCCGAUGAUGUUGCUGAUCUGAUGGAUCAGAUUGACUGCCUGGACCCCGUUCUAUGGGAAGCUGAGAACAGUUUCAAUGGAAGUGGCUUGCCAUCCACGUUUUGGGAUGACCUUGCUUCCAGGUCAACCACUACGUACUGCCGCAAAGCUCUUCGAAACCUAACUACCAUCGUCGACGACCUAAAUAACCAAAUUACUAAUGUCAAGAAGGGUCGAAGGAGAAUAACCGCCGUUAAAGUCUUACUACAGAAGGAUCUUAUCCAAAAAUUAGAAAAACGACUCGAGAAUGCAGUUCGGAUGUUAAUGUUAGCCCAACAAUCCUACCUCGUCGCCCUCCAACGAGUGCAACCCGAUGUCAUCAUUCAGAAAUUCAACGCUCUUACAUUCCCUCAAAGCCAACCUGAAUCUCAAGUAGGCUCUGAUUCCACAUCAGAGACAGAGGUGCGAAGGGAAUCCAAGAAACAUCACGAAGAACCUAACACUGCCAGUAUUACCACCAAGCCCCGAUGGGUGCAAAGCACAAGGUGGACCAAGCCGAGUUAUUUCGGCAGAAUCUGUAUCGAAUCUUUUGCCUCGAGUCGCAAAAUCAUAUUCCAAUCGCCAUUAUGGCUCUCACGACAAUCCUGGGAACUACAUAGCAUCAAAGCGCUUGGUGCUUGGCAGUGGAAUCUAAGGUCCUAUAGGCUCAUACGUCGUAGCAGUGAGAUUUGCAAAUCAAUCGAAGCCGGUUCCCUCAGAGACGUGCAGAAGCUCUUUGAAGCUGGACUUGCAUCUCCAUAUGACCGAACUGGCAAUGGAUGGACUCUACGUCAUUAUGCGGUCUUUUACGCGAAUUUUGAAAUGACAAAAUAUCUUGUUGACAUUGGUGCUAACCCUUUCGAACCUGAUUAUUUUUCUAAUUAUCCAUCGACGAACAUAAAUCCUAGCAACUUGGGAACGCUUGGCUUUAUAAAACAGGUCAUUUCAGACACGUUGCUCGCUAGAAAACUUCUAGUUUAUCCACACAGGAACACAGGUCAUGUGGAUCAAGAGAAGCAACUUCUCUCAUGCAAUUGCAGAUACGGUUAUGAGCACCAUCACAUUUACAUGGCACUGCUCCCGUAUCAAUGCCCUUCUCAUCGGACUCAGGGUUUAAUGAGGGCUGCUCGGAUAGAUCUAUACGGCGAUCAUCUACAAGAAGAAAGACACAAGGAAUUUAACAACUAUUUCACAUUCGCAAUCGACGUGAUAAAAGGGACCCCCGACGUUCAUAUAACAGAUCCAGUUAUGUUGAGGGAGGGUGGUGGCAAAUUAACUGCCCUACUAUGCGCCGUAUUUUCGGCAGUGAUUUCAUCUGUGCCUUUUGAUCGAUAUUAUUUUCAUUUUGACUUCUCCAAGUUUGUCGCAAGUAUAAGGAAGUGGCUCGAAGUGCUGGCACUGGCCGGCGUUGAUCUAGAAGCAUAUGGUCAACGUGAAUACGGCUUUCUCAUAGGCAGCUGCAACCUAAGACAUAUCGAGCUUUUUUGGGAUGAUUUUGGUCCAGAACCAGAGGAUUGGGGAUUUUAUUUCAACGAACCCACGGAUGAAUUCGCUGGCAAUUUCUGGAACCUUGUCCGAGACUCGCCCCUUAAUAUACCGGGAGCCUGGGUUGAGGAUGAGGAUGAGGCUUACGACUUCUUUUAA